CACCAAUCUUACCAGAAUUUAUUUGAAAUUCGCAAAUAUACCCUGAAUCAUCAGCCUGCACCCAAACUUUGUAUCCACUCCAUUUAUUUCUUUCUGUAAAAAAAAUAAAUGACCGUUUACAGUCCUAGUGGUUACCUCGAGAAACCACUACAUAGUACAGGGAACAAAACCCAGUCAGAUGGCAUGAAAUAUUACAGUUAUAAAACUAAAUACUGA